AUGUCUGACAAAAAAUUUCUUUCAACGGAUACUAGUAUUUUAACUCAACGACUUCAAAACGCUGAAAAGUCUAUAAUAUUUCUUCAACGUGAGCAUGCAUCAACAUUGGGUAAUCUUCAUGAAGAGGUCGACAAAUGGCAACAGAAAUGUAGUGAUCUGAACUUUCAAUUAACGAUUAAUGGUACUGUGAUUAAUUCUACAGAUGAUAGUAAACUUCGAAAAACGGUUCAAGAACUUGAAAAUGAAUUGUAUCAAUAUAAAGAUAAAGUAAGAGAUAUAAAUAAACGUUUAGAAGAAAAAGACAAACUUUUGAAAGAUUAUGACAAUCGUCUUAUUGUAAAUGAACGUAAACAUGCAUUAGAAUUACAUAAACAAUAUGAUAAACAGCGAGAACUUAAAAUUGAACUUGAAGAACGUUCGACAUUGAUAGCUCAACUUACAAAUAAACUACAUCAGGAAAAACAACAUCAAAAAAAGGUACGAAAUCGUAUUCAUCUUGGACAAAUUAUUUUACCUAAUAAACCAACUAAAUUAACAUAUAACGAUGAACAACAACAGCAACAACUUCUGUCAACCGGUCGUCAUAUAUCGAAACGUUCAUCAUCCCUGAGUAAUCAAAUUAGUUCUGAUCAAGAGUUAACAAAAGUGUUGUUUAUUGGACGACUUCCACCAACUCCUCAACAACAAUUGCAACUAAUUUCAUCGAAAAGUAUAGAGUCACAUAAUGAACAAUUAUAUACAAAACGUCAACGUCAGUUACUCAAUAAUAAUACAGAAAAUACGGAUUUGAAUAAGAUUACAUCAUCACGACCAGCGAUUAAACUGUCGACUGCUCUGCCACCAAUUGUCAGUAGAAAAAUGCCACUUAAAGCAUUGCCUACAACAACACUUCAACGUGAAGGCGAAGCUUGA